AUGGAAACAACACCAAGUGCAGCUGAAAUAAACACAUCCCCCAACUCAUCCACAGAGGAAUCCGAGUUUGGAACUGCAUCAACACCAUUUGAAUUUUUUAUCAAGACUUUGUUGGUCCUCGCCAUCUUUCCCAACCACCUACUGAAUCCACUGAUGCUUUUCACUUUGCGCCGUGUCACCAGCAUCCAGCCAACAACCAAAAUAUUCAUGGCUUCUCUCACCCUGUCUGAUCUGUGCAACAGCUUAUGGUGGAUCCUUAACUUAAUAGCAGUGUUUGCUGGAACUUGGUUCAUGGGUGAAUUUCUGUGUGCAGCAAAUCAGGUGAUGUCAUCGCUCUUUAAUGCACUUAGUAUUGGUGCACUUCUUCUUCUCACUGUGGACCGUUACAUUGCUAUUUCCCGUCCUCUGCGGUACCCAUCAAUAAUGACUGUGCAAAAAUCAAAGAUAAUUGUAUGUAGCACAUGGGCUACAAUCACUGUAUCCUCCAUUCUCAUAGCUGGGAUCGAUCAUAAUACUGUUGCGGUUAUUGGUCAUAACAAGAAAAUUUGUGUACCAAAGACAUAUGACUGGAGAGUAUAUCUAAUUCUUGUAUUGGUGGUGCUUCAGCUACUGACCAUAUUCAUCCUGUAUGCACAUAUCACCCUGAUAGCUCACAAUCAAGCCCGACGCAUUGCUGCUGGAAACCAAGCAGGCAAUGGUCAAGGUGGGCAGAGAAUAAACACCAGAUCAACCACCACCAUCAUCAUCAUAACGGGGACUUUAAUCAUCACCUGGAUUCCUAUACUGAUUACAUUGGCAAAAGCUUCACAAAACCAAUGGGAGCCUUAUGACAGUUUCUUGGCCUAUAUGUUCACACAAGCUCUGGUGUUGUCCAAUGGCUGGAUGAAUGUUGCUAUUUACUACCUGAGGAACAAGGACCUUCGCCAGGCACUGUGUGGCAUGCUUUCUGACUGGCGCAAAAGCCUGUCCCAAAGACUCUGGGGUUAGGUUUAAGCACCUCCUUUAAAACUUCAAUGAGAAAGUAACAGGCUU